CUUUUCUCCUUUUCUUUCCAGACAUGCAGAAUUACUUUGUGCAGCCAUAGAUGUGUCUCUCAGCUGCACUGCCUCUGCCUUCCCUCUUUCCAGAUGCUGACAGGCUCUGAAUCGGCAGACAGAGAGAAACAGCUCCUCUCCUAUCUGCGUGGUAACUGGACGGGGGAUGAAUAGCAGCCGAGGAGAAAGAGCAAAGUUGGUUAUUUUUCUGGCACAUGGAUGCAAUUACGCGGAGCACAUUCCAGAGGCGUUACUUUGAAUUUUGAGCAGGUCUGCUUGCCAUUCCCGAGUGGAAAGAAAUUUUUAAAAAGGGAAGAAAAGUCUCUCUCGCUCUCUCUCGAAGACGGAAUGUCUGCACUUUCUAUCUUGAUUCUAGCUACCUGCACCACUUGGAUGUCACAAGCCCAGACACUAUUUACGAGAGUGGCCGAAGCAAACGUCACUCUGCCCUGCCACCAUCAGCUGCACCUUCUGGGGCCCACAAGCCUGGACAUAGAAUGGCUGCUGCAGGAUUCUGAAGCUGACCCCAAAGUGGUGAUCACUUACGCAGGAGACCGUAUCUACCCUGACUUUAUUAAAGAACAAAAGGGUCGUGUUUCAUUUGCCUCCAACUUCCGGGCAGGAGAUGCCUCCUUGGAGAUUUCUUUUCUGAAACCAAGUGAUGCUGGGCUGUACACGUGCAAAGUUAAAAAUGCUGGGCAUUACGAGUGGAAUCACAUCACUCUGGAAGUUCUGGAGAAACCUUCCAAACCUAAAUGCUGGAAAGAAGGAGAGAUGUCUGAAGGAAAAGAAAUCACGUUACAAUGCAAUUCUGCCUCGGGCACAAAGCCCAUAACCUAUCAGUGGAAACGUAUAAUUGACGAGGAGGGGAAAACUGGAUCCCUUCCACCCAUGACACGAAUCAACUUUUCCAAUCCAGCACAAAUCAUGAUGAAGAAUCUCACACGGUUGGAUUCAGGGUCAUACCAAUGCACUGCCUCCAACGACGCAGGACAGGACAGCUGUACUGUGCAGGUGACCGUGCUGUCAGAUGCACGGAAUCUCGGCAUAAUUGCUGGAGCAGCCUGUGGAGCGAUUGCAGUCCCCAUCCUUGUCUUCCUGACAGCAUGGCUGACGAUCAGGAGGAAAGAGAAGAACAAAUAUGAAGAAGAGUCUCCAAAUGAAAUCAGAGAAGAUGCAGAGGCACCAAAAGCCCGAUUAGUCAAGCCUGGCUCCUCUUCUUCUGGUUCCAGAAGUUCACAUUCGGGUUCCUCCUCCACAAGAUCAACAGCAAACAGUGCCUCCCGCAGCCAACAGACAUUGUCAACAGAGGCUACCCCUCAUAUAACUCCAACGCAACACAGCCAGGUGGAUAUUGAUAGCAGGGAAAUUGAGCCAAAGAAAAUUAACAACAACCUGGUGAAAACAGAAGUCACAUCAACCAUGGUGCCUGCACAAAGUAGGGCUUUCCAGACAGUCUGAACCUCCUUAUCUGUUCAGAUAUCCAGAACUCACAGAGAACACCAGCCAUAUACCAGUAGCUUAGUGUGUUUACCUAAAACCAACUUUCCUCCUACAUUCACUCACUGAACACACAACAAAACCCCUCACUCAGUAUUCUCGCAUAUUCCAUUCUGAAUACAGCUACAGACCUGAAAAGGGAACUCACGUUGAAAAAAUUUACUUCCUUUUUGCUAUCAAUUCUUAAAAAGAAAUGUUGAUAUUUUAAGAGCUGAAAAGUGACACUGGUAUCUGGAACAAUCUUUUUUAUGAGACACAGAUACUCCAACAGAAUUCUGAAGGGGACAGAGUUUGCACAGUUCUACAUGAAAUACAUACAUUCAUGGGCAAUUAUGUUCUCAGCUGUGCCACCAGCUUCACUGAUGAAAUUAUUUUGAUCAACUUCAAAGGGAAAUGACAGUCACGUUGCAUGCAGACUUUUGCUGAAUUACGUACAGUAGAAUGUUACAGCACCAAAAGAGAAAUUUGUUCCUUGAAAUACCAAUAAGCAGAGAUUAAAUUUUCCUGUUCACUGGCGAGAACUUCUUUGAACAGACAGGACAUUAGAGGAUACAUAUAAUUUUUAAAAAACUUGGUAUGAUCAGUAUGAUCAAGCCAAAUUUGUCCUUUCUCUCUAAAAAGCCAUUCCACUGAAGUGAAAGAAAUCAUAUAUUAAUGAACCACUAGGACACAAAAUCAGAUCAAAAACCUUGUUUUCUUUAAGUCUUUUUAAAAAAAAUUAACAUAGAAAUCUCUGGAAGAAAAAUAUGGAUGGUAAACUUCCCUCCUUUAUUUCAGAAAGGCGGACAUUUAGGACAAAUAUUGCCAAAGCUUUAUUUUUCAAAACAAAACCAGAACACGGGCAAUAAUGUGAUAAGCAAACCUUCUUGUUAACAUCUAAGGUUACUCAUGGCAAUUUUGAAGCAACUGUUCAGACAUACAAUCUUAAAGGAACCACAAAGCCAAUGAAAAGCACAUUAACUACUGAAACAGCAGAACACAUUGGCAGUUGUCACUAAUGUUAAGAAUUCAGCAAUCUCUCCAAAGAAGGAAGACACAAGAAAAUCAGUGUAACUUGAUAUAAUAUAUAUGUGUAUAAAUUGGUCUGAUUUAAAGUGUUUACCAUCCCGUACCUGGUUACCAUGGGGAUUACUUCAUAAUAUUCUUAAGCACUGGGGAACUGUCAUUGUCAGUAAAAAAAUAAUUAACUAGUUCUGGCCUGUGGUUGCUUAAGGUGCACUAGGAAACCUCUAAUAGCUGCUUAGGGUGCAUUAGUGGAUCACUGAGACAUUGUCAAUAACAAUGAAACAUUAGAGACAUUAUGUAUGAAAGUGAAUUUUUAAAGUGACUUUUUUAAAGGAAACCAUAGAAAAUAACAGGGGAAAUAUCUAUUUAGGGGUCAAAAUAUGGAAAUACUUGGAAGUAUGGAAAGACCUAUUCUCCAGUAUUAUUACAACUGAGUAUGCAUGAUUAUCUAAAUUACUCCCCCUUCUCAAUCAAGGAUGCAACUGAAGAAUCUUAACAUAGAGAAAACCAAACCAAACACAAGGUCUAUGGACAGCUGGGCAGAAAUUUAUCAAGUAGAUCAUGACAGAGUGGUAAAAAGAUUAUGAUUUAACCCAAGCUGUUUCCAGCAAAUUCCAACUAAGACGCUGUUUAGCGCAUGUGUUAGUCAGUAUCAAUUGAACUACUCUAAAUUAGGUCCUCUGUUAAGAACUUUCCACACAACAUAAUUGUUAUCCUUACUAUGGCCCCGGCCACACGGACCGGA